AUGUCUGAAGUCGUGGCUUCUGACUCAGAGGACAAAGUCAAAGUCAUUAAAUCGGAAGUCAAGGAAGCAAAACGCCGCGCUGAGAUGAGUUGUGGACGAAUGGAUUGCAUGCAGUUCGAUAACGAAAAAAAUCCGACAUUCAAACGCUGCGGCAAGUGUGUCGUGAAAUAUUGCUCUAGACAUUGCCAAAAGAUGGAUUGGCCUAGACACAAAGAAAAUUACACUACUUUGCCUGAGGAGGGCCGAAGGUUUGCGACGAUAGUCAAAUACUUGGCAUCGAAUCCUUACCUCGCGAUGAAUUUUCAAAUAAUGACAGUCUUCCUGUUCAAACUGCACCUCAUGAACGAGUCCGAAUUGAUAAAUUUUCAAGAUAAACCAUUCGCAGUAGGGAUAUUCCUUCAGCAAGAACCUGCCAAUAUUGUAGACUUCUUCCGUCUUUAUCGACGUGCGUCUAUCUAUGAUACGAAAGGUCCUAUUCUUGGAAUGCCAAAAAUUGCCAAUGUGGUCGUGGAAAAAGACUUUUCUGUCCGAGACACACUGAUAUGGAGGGACGAACUCGAAGAAGCUAAGUCAAAUAUCCGUCGCGACUCACUGGACCUGUUGCGCUUGCGCACGGAACUCCAAGAGUAUGAGAGGGGCGUCCUCGCCCUGGGUGCACCACCGUACGAUGAUUCUUGGCUCAACGUUGUGUUCACUAGAGUCACCCGCGAAAAGAUUCGUCGAGAAGUGGUAUAUAGCAUUGGAGCUCAUUACUGCGGUCGCGAAAUUGAAGGCAUAUCCAAAAUGACCUAUCAAGACUGGAAAACCGGCGUGGUAGGAGGUUUGGAGAUGUUGGACUUGUGGAAGGCUCAGGUCUCAGAAAUGCAAUUAACUCCCGACACCGACAGGCAUAUAUCGAAGAAGAAGAAGAAGAAGAAGAAGAAGAGACAAAAACCAUUACAGGGUUCUUCGUAA